CCACCAGGUGUAGAGCCCAUUACUAUUGAUGAUUUGGAUGACCCUGCUAGUGAUGCUGAUUUAUUAACACCGGCUUUGGAAUGCACUACAUCUCCUGAGAAAGCUCUUCAUCUUUUUCAAAAGCAAACCAUCGUUGCUACACCAAAAGAGCGUAUAUUCCUAUCCAGGUUAGAUGGCAUACCUGAGAUGAAGAGAGAAAUAAUGGGAAUAUACAAAAAUCCACAGACAAACCUGCAUAGAGCUCCCAGAGUACGCUUCGAAGAGGAAGAUGGCAUUGGCUGUGGACCCGUGAGGGAGUUCUUCAGCAAUGUCAUUAAGAUCAUUGAAGAAGGAAUAUCGUCAUCAUCAUCAAAACCACUUAUGUUCCUAGAGGGCGAAACUGAUCAUCGCCUCCCAAUACAUGAUCAGUCUCUUCGUGCUAUUGGGGCUUUUAAGGCUGUUGGAAGGAUGAUAAGUCACUCUGUCCUGCAUGGUGGGCCAUUUGUAUAUGGGUUAUCUCCUGYGGUGAAGCAAUAUCUCUCAACAGAAGCUAAUGACAAACAGCUGUCUUUGACACUAGCUAUUGAAGACAUACCAGACAUUGAAUUGAGACAACUAAUAUCAGAACUUGAUGAACUGCUUUUGGACCAGAAUGUAAGUCCAGAGCAAAGACUUGCCAUUCAGCCUUACUUGUUUGAGGCUGGUUUAGACCCAGAUGAAUUAAACCAGAACAGGAAGUUCCUACUGGAUGGUCUGAUGACCUACAAUGUCAUAGACAAGAGACGCCUUGAGCUAGAUGACAUCAUAAAAGGCAAGUCGAGUAUUCAAUACAGUUUAUACAUUUACAAGUUGUUGUUCAUUGAUAUUUGUACAGGAAUGAAUGAGGUUUCACUGCMCCGUUUCUUAACAAGAUUCCCUACUUUGGCUACCCUGAUAUUCCCUUCAGAAUGCGAAAGAGUUAUUUAUGGUUCUGACAUUAAAGCAGUAAUUACUAAUGAGGAGAAAGAUUUAAAUGAGUGUAAUAAAAGGGCUGCAUUAUGGUUCAAUGAUUACAUUGAUGACAUUGAAACAAAUUCAGAAGAUGGCGCUAAGCUAGUAGACCUGGUAUGUUUCUGGACUGCAGGUGGCUUGCAAGUUUCAAAUGGACAGCUGUUGGUCAAGUUUGAUGGUGGAGCAAACAACCUUCCAUUGUCAGAAACCUGCUUUAAAUCUAUCAUACUUCCRACAAAACAUGAAGAAUAUUCUUCUUUCAAAAAAAACAUGGACAUUGCUUUGAAAUAUGGGUCCAAGGGCUUCAGUUUUCACUGAUGGCAUGACAAUAAAAUUGGUAUAAGGAUUUUCUGUUGCCAAGUUGUCAGCAAAAGUGGUCUUGUGCAUGAUGCAUAUAUAUCUGUUGUUAAAGUUUAUAUACGUUUUACAGUAUUUUUUAAUACAUUUGUAAUUGAUUUUUGUA